CGAUCGGAAAAACGACUUCCCGGCUAGAUCCGUCGCAUGAAGCUUGGUGAUGCCGGCCUGAAAUUUCGAGGGAACGACAUGUGCCAGCGAUAAUGCACGCGACACGGGUUCUUCUUAAGCGAUCAGUGUGGAAGGGGCCGCACUUGGUACCCCUACCCAUUGUAUGGCCCAAGUCUUCUAGCGAUAAGGUGCCUCCUGUGCGAACACAGGCUCGAUCAGCCACGAUUCUGCCCAACUUUGUCGGUCUCAAGUUCGAGGUGCACAAUGGAAAGGAUUACCAUGAGGUGACCAUUACAGAAGAUAUGGUUGGACACAAGCUUGGCGAAUUCUCACCAACACGAAAGCCAAAUAUCUGGGACAAGAGGUAGAAUAUCAAAUAGGGACUGGAAUCUGGGUAUACCCAUGUACAAAAGACUACAUGUAACAUCACUAGAGCAAUGACUUCAACGAAGGGAUCCAUUCGCAUAUUCAGGCGAUCUGUUGUAACCAGCUAUGACUUUCCUGGUUUUCAUAUUUGAUAUCAUGUACGGACCCAAAUCCUUCCGUGAACGCCAAACCGAAACGCCUUGCAGUCAUGUAAUCAGAUCCGUACUCAGCGGUAGAACUCGCUACGCUUGACG